CACAACCCAUACUCAGGCUCCUGAAGUCCCCAGCUCUAGUUUCCAGAACGCCCAGUCGAGAAACUGACCCUUGACACGGCCAUAAACUUUCCUCAGACUCGGCUUCCGUUAGUGUUAAGGGGGAGCCUGGCGCGUCCCUGAGAUGUCUACAACAGCCGCAGAUCAGUCUAGUUGAAGCCAGGAACUCAGUCUAGAUUUCCCAUGUGGGUUGCAAGGACCCAAUAACCCGAGCCAUCACCAUUGCCUCCAAGCAAGAAACCAGCAUUGGAAGGAAGCUGGGACUCAAAUCCAGGUUUUAUAACAAUCAAGCAGUACAUGAAAAGGGCCUCUUCAUCAAGCAUUCUUGAUUAAAUUAUGAAAAUGGAAUUGAAGCUCUGUUUCCCCAUUCAUGUGGUACUACAAUGUUGUUGAAAGCCAUCGGGUUAGCUCCAGGAAUCCAAGCAGCUUUCAAUACACCUGUCUGCCACACGCAUCUGUUCUUUACAGUAGGCCAGUAGGUAAAUCCAGCCGUGAGCAGGGUGUUCUGUUCUUCGCUUCCAGCAAGCCAGAUUGUCAUAAAUGGACACUGACAUGGACUACGAAAGACCCAAUGUUGAAACCAUCAAGUGCGUGGUCGUGGGGGACAACGCAGUGGGGAAGACACGGUUGAUCUGUGCCAGAGCGUGCAACACAACACUGACGCAGUAUCAGCUGCUGGCCACCCAUGUGCCAACCGUGUGGGCCAUCGACCAGUACCGUGUCUGCCAGGAGGUCUUGGAGCGAUCCCGUGAUGUUGUGGAUGAAGUGAGUGUCUCUCUAAGGCUCUGGGAUACUUUUGGUGAUCAUCACAAAGACAGGCGUUUUGCAUAUGGCAGGUCCGAUGUUGUGGUCCUCUGUUUUUCGAUCGCUAACCCCAACUCCCUAAAUCAUGUGAAAACCAUGUGGUAUCAAGAAAUCAAGCACUUUUGCCCUCGUACACCUGUUGUCCUAGUUGGCUGCCAACUUGAUCUCCGCUAUGCCGAUCUUGAAGCAGUGAAUCGAGCCAGGCGCCCAUUAGCAAGACCCAUAAAGAGAGGGGAUAUUCUGCCCCCAGAAAAAGGCCGGGAGGUAGCAAAGGAACUUGGCAUCCCAUACUAUGAAACAAGUGUAUUUGACCAGUUUGGAAUUAAGGAUGUGUUUGACAAUGCAAUCCGAGCUGCGCUGAUUUCUCGCCGCCACCUGCAGUUCUGGAAAUCUCACUUAAAGAAAGUCCAGAAACCUUUGCUUCAGGCCCCUUUCCUACCUCCCAAAGCACCCCCACCAGUCAUCAGAAUUCCAGAGUGUCCUUCCAUGGGCAUGAACGAAGCUGCCUGUUUACUGGAUAACCCUCUGUGUGCAGACGUCCUGUUCAUCCUGCAGGACCAGGAGCACAUCUUUGCACAUCGCAUUUACCUCGCUACCUCUUCUUCCAAAUUUUAUGAUCUUUUUUUAAUGGAAUGUGAAGAAUCCCCAAACUGGGAUGAAGGCGUGUGUGACAAAGACAAGCAAAGUGUGGAUUUCCAGGGGCGGACUGUGAGUCUUGACUCAGAUGAAGAAAGAGAGGAAGGCUCCUUUAGGACACCUCAGGCUGGUCAGGGGAAAUUGUCAAGGAAGGCUUUGCUAGAGACCACUGGGAUGGAAGCUGAGGGCCCCCCUCCCGAGAUGCAGGCUUUGGCGGGCUGGAGCAAGGGCUUCAUUGGCAUGCACAGGGAAAUGCAAGUCAAUCCCGUUUCCAAGCGAGUGGGCCCCGUGACCGUGGUCAGAAUGGACUCCUCCGUGCAGCCAGGCCCUUUCCGGACCCUGCUCCAGUUCCUUUAUACGGGGCAACUAGAUGAAAAGGAAAAGGAUUUGGUGGGCCUGGCUCAGAUCGCAGAGAUCCUAGAGAUGUUUGAUUUGAGAAUGAUGGUAGAAAAUAUAAUGAACAAGGAAGCUUUCAUGAACCAAGAGAUUACAAAAGCGUUUCAUGUCAGGAAAGCCAAUCGGAUAAAAGAGUGUCUCGGCAAGGGGACAUUCUCAGAUGUGACCUUUACGUUGGAUGAUGGAGCUAUCAGUGCCCACAAGCCACUGCUCAUCUGUAGCUGCGAGUGGAUGGCAGCCAUGUUUGGAGGGUCGUUUGUGGAAAGUGCCAACAGUGAGGUAUAUCUCCCGAACAUAAACAAGAUAUCAAUGCAAGCAGUGUUGGAUUAUCUCUAUACCAAGCAGUUGUCACCUAACUUGGACCUGGACCCACUGGAAUUAAUUGCCUUGGCAAACAGAUUUUGCCUGCCACACUUGGUUGCACUUGCAGAGCAGCAUGCGGUUCAGGAACUGACCAAGGCCGCCAUGAGUGGUGUGGGUAUUGAUGGGGAAGUGCUUGCUUAUUUGGAACUGGCCCAGUUUCACAAUGCUCACCAGUUGGCCGCCUGGUGUUUGCACCACAUCUGCACCAACUACAACAGCGUGUGUUCCAAGUUCCGCAAAGAAAUCAAAUCGAAAUCUGCAGACAACCAGGAAUACUUUGAGCGGCACCGCUGGCCCCCUGUGUGGUACCUAAAGGAAGAAGACCAUUACCAGCGCGUGAAAAGGGAGCGUGAGAAGGAAGAUAUUGCACUAAAUAAACAUCACUCAAGACGAAAGUGGUGCUUCUGGAAUUCAUCUCCAGCAGUAGCCUGAAGAGGAAGAGGAAAAAGAAAGAAGUAAUCUGAUAACAUCACUUUUUAAGGCACUACUGUAAAAUUAGUCUUCUUAGCGAUACGAUGUAGUUCAGGUUUCAGGCACUGACCUUCCUCACUCUGUGCGUUUAUCUUUGUUAGGAUCAAAGCACAAACUCAUCACCAAGGAGCCUGGACACAAAAAAAGGGAAGCUGACUUCCACUGCAUUCCUUAAACUAAUGUGUAUAUUUUUUUUGUUAGGAAGCUUAAUAAACUUUAGUCUGUUAUUUUGUUUCUUUUUAUACAAAGAAAAAAAUCCAGCCUUCAUGUUUCAGAUUCCAAAUUGGAAAAUAUUUUUAUAUGGUCUCUCAUAUUUUGUUGAAAUGAAAAUACUGUGUAUUACUUUAUGUUACAGGCCACAAACUGACCAUGAGUUCGCCCUGUAACUCCCUCGGCCCACAUGACCGCUGAGCAUUAUUACAUAAUUACAGGGUUAUCUUUUUGUUGGGAAGUAAAGAGUUGGACUGAAAUCCCCCUCAGUGCAAGUUGGAAAGGGUUUAAUCUUAGUUCUGCUGAAUUACAUUGGUAUAAUUACUAACUCAACUCCAAGAAUGUAUAUGUACAAUAUUUGCUGUGUGAGUGCUAGUAAUUCUAUGAUUAUAUGUGCCAUGUAAAAUAUAGUGAUAUCAGAAAUUCUGUUUCAAAUGUUUAGAUUCUAGAUGAUCAUCUUUAUAAUCAUUAGAAGGGCUUAUUAAAUCCCAGCACUAUCCAGCCAGGGCAAACUGACUGGUGGACCUGAAUACAUAAGAUACCAUUAGGGCACUGGGGUUUAGAUCAUUGCAUUAAGGUUCAUGUUUCUCAGUGUUCUUUGAUCUGGCCAUGCUUCUGCAGAGUCUCCGUUGACUUGAAAUGGAGAUGGGUGAGGAAAGAAGUCGCUCGACUCCUUCCAACCAUCUGCAGGCGCGUUACAUCUCCCCAGUGGAAAAAGGCUUCCUCAGGUCUCUCACCUGCGGCCAACUUCACUUUUUUAAGACACGUAUUUUUAAAUCUUCCCAGGGAAAAUUUACAGUGCUGCAGAAGUAGGCUAAGGCAAACUCUCCACUCCUGCUGAAAUUCAGCAGGGGCCUAUGAAAGCGUAGAGCUGGAGGCUGGGUCCUGGCAUUCUCCAACCCAGAAAGGAAUCUAAUUCCAAGAGUCCAGGAUAUGGUGCUAUUGUGAGUUAGUUCUGAACUAUGUCCUUCUGAGUUUUCAGUGUUAAAAUAGAAAGUGUAGAGUAGGGGAGCUUUUGAGAGGCAAUGGUUCCUUGCUUCUCUUGUCAGUUGGAAUGUUAUCGUGUGCGUGCAAGGGUAUAUUUUCAGGCCACAGCUCCAUAACUGCUAUCCAGUGUUGUGUGCUGAGGCUGGGGCUCAUUCUUUUGGUAGGUCAACUUUCUAAUGUUAAAGACUUUUGAUUUGGGAGCAUUUUUCAGGCUUUAUUGUAGGUGGAAAUGAGACAGUUGAAUUCAGACCCCAAUGUUGUCACAGCCACAUGCAUUUGAAAAAUGUAGUUAGGUUGCUGAUGAACAUGUAUUAGUAGUGGCAGUGAAAACACACUAGUUAUAAGAACUUGAAGAGGGCUGGACACGUAUCUCCCUCCCAUGGUGGAACAUGGUAGAGUAGGGAUGAUUACUAAUGCAUCCAUUUUGUGUUUCAGUUGAGUUAUGAAUAGUCCAUGGAAGAAGAAAGAUGGAAUGAGAGGAGUAUUGUCAAGACUCCAGAGGGAUUGGCAUGUAUCAUACCAUAAAAUGGCAGAUUAAGUUUUCAAUGAGUAGUUAUAGAUGAAUUUAUACAACCAAAGCUCCCAUUUGAUUGUAAUCUUGCCAAAAUAUAAUGGACAUAUAAAUGAACUUGGGGUAUAAGCAAUAAUAUCUACUAGUGUUGUCAUCAGCUACUAUGACCAAGUGGCUGGCUCACUUGGUUGAUGCUGAUUAUGGCCUUUAACCAUGGUGGUUUGUUUUGUGUUUGUUUUUUUUUUUUUUAAUUUCACAAGAGUCAAUAAAAUUGUUUAGCUACUAAACA